CUGAAAGAACACCUUUGAACACCAAACCUUGCAGUUCAUCGAGAGGAGUGGCAACAUGUUGUGUUGGGGAAAUGCCUCAUUUGGACAGCUUGGACUGGGGGGAAUCGAUGAAGAGGUUGUACUCGAACCUAGAAGAUGUAACUUCUUCCUAAACAAAAAAGUUCAAGAUGUAGGCUGUGGACUAAGGCACACUGUAUUUGUUUUGGAUGAUGGGACUGUGUACACUUGUGGAUGUAAUGAUUUAGGACAACUUGGACAUGAAAAAUCCAGAAAAAGACCAG